CACGAUGUUUCUGGUUCUUUCAGCCACCACGGAAUUAAGGGACUUUUUUGCCAAAGCCCGGAAUGGUUCCGUUCGCCUCAUCAAAGUCAUCAUCGAGGAUGAACAGCUCGUGUUGGGAGCGCACAAGGAGCUGUCGCGGCGCUGGGACGCGGACUACGACGCCUUGGUGCUGCCGCUGCUGGACGAGCAGCAGCCGAGCUACAUCCUGUACCGCCUGGACAGCCAGAACGCCCAGGGCUACGAGUGGCUCUUCAUCUCCUGGUCCCCCGACAACUCCCCGGUCAGGCUGAAGAUGCUCUACGCUGCAACCCGAGCCACGGUGAAGAAGGAGUUCGGAGGAGGGCACAUAAAGGACGAGAUGUUUGGGACGGUUAAGGAAGACGUGUCCCUAAGCGGCUACCAAAAGCACGUGUCGUCCUGCUCCGCUCCGGCCCCGCUGACCGCGGCGGAACAAGAGCUCCAGCAGAUCCGCAUCAACGAGGUGAAGACGGAGAUCAGUGUGGAGAGCAAGCACCAGACCCUGCAAGGCCUGGCCUUUCCCCUGCAGCUGGAUGCUCAGCAAGCGAUCCAGGCACUGAAGCAGAAGAAGAUCAAUUACAUCCAGCUGAAGCUGGAUCUGGAGCGGGAGACCAUAGACCUGGUGCACACAAGCCCCACGGAGAUCGCUGACCUGCCCAAGAGGAUCCCCCAGGACUCCGCUCGCUACCACUUCUUUCUGUACAAGCACUCUCACGAGGGAGACUACCUGGAGUCUGUCGUGUUUAUCUACUCCAUGCCUGGGUACAAGUGCAGCAUCAAGGAGCGCAUGCUGUACUCCAGCUGCAAGAGCCACUUGCUUGACACCGUAGAGCAGGAGUUCUGCCUGGAGAUAGCGAAGAAGAUCGAGAUAGACGACGGAGCGGAGCUGACGGCAGAGUUCCUCUACGACGAGGUGCACCCCAAGCAGCACGCCUUCAAGCAGGCCUUCGCCAAGCCCAAGGGGCCCGUGGGCAAACGCGGACAGAAGCGCCUUAUCAAAGGGCCAGGAGAGAAUGGCGAAGACAGUUAGAUCCCGGAGGGGCAGGAGGAUGGGGCAGGAAUAGGCCUGUGAACAGGACAGCAUCCAAAUGGUGUUUCCAAGCUCCCACCCCUCCACUUCCAGGCCUCUCUGCUGACCUGGGGAUCUUUUUCCUCCAUCUCAGACUUUCUUUCCCCUCCCCCUUCUCUUUUUCUUUUUAUUUCCUUUCUAAAAUCA